AUGGACGCUACAAAACGCAUGGUCUGUCAAGAAGAUUUCUUCAACCCUCUCACGUCCAUGGGCAUGCAGAUGUCAUGCAUUCUCGUCAUUUCGCACUUUUUUCACCUCGUCCUCAAGGCCUUGGGUCAACCUGGUCCCAUUGCUCAAAUUUUGGCAGGAUUGGUGCUGGGUCCAUCAGGGCUAUCUAAUGUUAACAAAGUGAGAGAUUUCUUCUUUCAAGCUUCUGCUGCCGAGUACUAUGAGGUUUUCGGAUUCUUUUGCCGAAUGCUUUUCAUGUUCUUAAUUGGUCUGGAAACAGACAUUUCCUACAUUGUUAGAAACUUGAAAGUCGCCACCACAAUUUCAUAUUGCGGACAAAUAAUUGGCACUGUUUUUGGAAUAGCCGUCUCUUUUUUUCUUCACCAACAACUUAUGCUCAACGACAAGAAGAAGAUCGGAUUCAUAUUUAUUAUUGUCUUGAUUUUGACCUACACGGCUUCGCCUGUGGUCAUACGUUUGGCAGGAGAUUUGAAGUUCGCGACUUCGCCAACCGGGCGAUUAGCAAUUGCCUGCUCAUUGAUUAACGAGAUCACUUGCUUAAUGUUGUUCAAUCUCAUCAUUGUUUUCCACAAGAAAAGCUUUUUCAGAGACGGGAUUUUGACGAUUUUGGUCACCGGGGUGGUAAUUUUUGUGAACAAGUAUGUAGCUACUUGGUUCAACAAACGUAACCGGAACCAAAAGUAUCUAAGAAACGCUGAGUUGUUGUUCAUUUUGUCACUCCUUAUUGGAAGUUCGAUGAUCAUAGAAAUGUUCACUAGUAACAGUGUGAUAAGUUGUUUUCUCAUUGGGGUUAUGUUUCCCAAGGAGGGCAAAACCGCAAGGACUUUGUUACACAAGCUUACUUACUCGGUUCAUAACUUCAUACUUCCUGUUUACUUUGGGUACUUGGGUUUCCAAUUUGAUGGGAGCCGGUUGAGGAACUUCAGCAGUGUCAUUAUUGUGGUCAUUUUGGUGGUUUUGAGCAUUGGAAGCAAGAUCAGUGGCACUCUUUUGGCUUGCCAAUACUUGAAGAUUCCGCUCAAUGAGGGGGUUUUUGUUGGCUUCUCUCUCAACUUGAAAGGACAUGCUGAUCUCUUGUUCAUAGGCCAAGCCACAAACACACUAAUUGGAUGGAAUCCAGACGCUUACAAUCUACUGUUGAUCAGCAUCGUGAUCAACACCGUGAUAUCAGGCCCACUUCUGGCCCUCCUGAUGCGCCGAGAGGAGAGGCUCUUCUCUCAAACCCACACCACGCUGGAGCACCAGACCGGCCCGGACAAUCAGGAGAUCCGAACCCUCCUCGCCUGCGUCUACGGUCCCCGCCACAUGUCCGCCGUACUGGCCCUGACCUCCGCCCUCGCUGGCGGCGGCGGAGGCGGAAUGACUCCCUACCUUAUGCACCUUAUCGAGCUAACCCAGAGCCGUCGCACCAACAUCUCAUACCACGAGCUGGAGGCCGACGAGCUCAGCGACGACGAAGACUACGGCGGAAACGACGUCGUCGAGAUCCACGCCGCCGUCGAUGCAUUCCACGCUGAAACCGGAAUCCUCAUCCACCACAGCAAGGCCGUAUCCUCGUUUGCUACGCUGUACGAGGACGUUUGCAGCGCCGCCGAGGACCUCCGCGCUUCGAUUGUGCUCGCGCCUUUCCACAAGCACCAGAGGAUCGACGGCAAGAUGGAGAGCGGGAAGGAGGGCGUGAGGACCACCAACCAGAAGAUCCUCCGCCACGCGCCGUGCUCGGUGGGGAUAAUUGUUGAGAGAGGGCUCGCUGGGGUUCCCGGGUUUGCUCAGCUACUGGACGCGCCGCCUUCAGGGGCGGAGCAGCAGGUGGCGACGCUGUUCUUCGGCGGGCCCGAUGACCGCGAGGCGGUGGCGUGGAGCAAGAGGAUUGCCGGCCAUGGGAGGAUUAAUCUGACGGUGAUUCGGUUCUUGUCGAUGGAGUCGUCAAGCAUGAGGAGCGAGCGCGUGGAUGAGAGGGAUGAUGUGGAGGUGUUCAUGUCCCUGGCCAGCUUGGAGACCGGCAAGGAUAUUGAUAAUGCCUUCCUCAGUGACUUCUAUAACGAGUGUGUGACAUCAGGGCAAGUUGGAUAUGUAGAGAAGUAUGUGAACAACGGUGAAGAAACUGUGGCAGCUCUCAGAGAUAUUGGGGACAUGUACUCACUCUUUGUUGUAGGAAAGGGUGGGAGAGGACACUCGCCAUUGACGACGGGCAUGAGUGAUUGGGAGGAAUGCCCGGAGCUUGGAACAGUCGGAGAUCUCUUGGCUUCCUCGGAGUAUAAUGUCAAUGGUUCAGUUUUGGUCGUCCAACAACACAGAAGUUCCAAAAAGGAUCUUAUUGAUGAUUAG